UCCAGGUGAGAUGUCCCUGACGGAAAAGAAAAGCACCCCAGCCUGCUGACAGCACUGUCCACGGAGUCUGCCGCUGUCUCAACGGCGUGCUUCCAGAAACCUUAUCAUGGCGAUUUUAACCUCUUAAGUGUGCCUCUCUAAAAUUAUUACAAGAUUAAUAUUAGCCGUCCCGCGAAAACCGUUUAACGAGCUAAGGAAAAAGCGCUGUCUCCAGUUUUUCUAAAAACAAACAAACAGUGAAACCAUGGGCCUGACCGGUGCUCCUAAAGGAUGUGGUCCCAGCAUCAGCUCCAUAUAUUACAACCUGUGUGACCUGACUACAGUGUGGGGGGUCGUGGUGGAGGCCAUUGCUGCUGCUGGUGUGGUGACUUCCUUUGUCCUGUUCAUCAUCCUCAUGGCCUCUUUACCGUUUGUGACGGACAAGAAGAGAAAGGGUAUGGUCGCCCUGCAGGCGGGCAUUCUAGUCUUCACUCUGGGACUCUUUGGACUCACUUUUGCCUUUAUUGUGGGCCGGUACUCCACCAGCUGUGCUGCACGCAGGUUCCUGUUUGGAGUACUGUUCUCGGGCUGUCUAGCCUGCCUGGUGAUGCAUGGGCUAUGGCUCGCCCUGCUGGAGCGGAGAGGCCGGGGGCCCAGGAGUUGGAUGCUAUGCCUGGGAGCCCUGGGUCUGUGGCUGGUUGAGGUGAUCAUUAACACUGAGUGGCUUAUCAUCACCGUGGUCAGGAGCCCACCUGGAGGUGUCAUUGUCCCUGACCUGUCCUGCAGCAUUGCUAACAAGGACUUUGUGAUGGCACUCAUCUAUGUAAUGGUUCAGCUGCUAGCUGUGGUGCUGAUGGCUUUGCCCUCACUGACCCACAAGCACAAGCAAUGGCGCCGAGAUGGGGCUUUCAUCCUGGUCACAGGGCUCCUCACCAUGGGUAUCUGGGUAGCUUGGAUUGUCAUGUACAUCCAUGGGAACAGAGUGGACGGUAAUCCCAGUUGGGAUGAUCCUACUCUGGCUGUUGCUGUGGUGUCAAAUGCCUGGGUGUUCCUCUUCCUCUACACCAUCCCAGAAAUCUGUUUACUGACCCAGGAGGACCCAGACCAGGAGCAGCCCCAUGAUGGAGAAAACAUCUAUCCUGCCAGGAGCCUGAUUUAUGACAAUAUCCUUAAGGAGCCGGAGCCCCACCAGAACAUGUACAUGGAGAAUAAAGCUUUCUCUAUGGAUGAGCCUCCAGCAGUACCCACAAAGCCAGUGUCUCCAUAUGGGGUUUACAACGGUCAGGUACGAAGCUGUGUGUACCAGCCCACUGAAAUAGCCCUGAUUGCCAAGGGUCUGACAAAGAUGGACCAAGAUGCUAUGAUCCCUCGAGCCACAGCUCCCUCUUUGAAUCCAGGAAGUGGCAGCUCCCUGCCACGUUCGGUCGAGUCCUUCCCAUCCUAAUCAUUGUCACACACAGGCACUGUUGAGAGCACAUUGCACAUUCAGCUUUUACGGUCUUUUAGGAAGACGCUUUUAUAACAACAUACUGUACUGAAUCUCAGACAAUAUGCAAUAAUAUGACCUAGCUCCUUUCACAGACUUCGUAAUUUUGUCCACUUUAUUUCCUCCGUUCGUGCACUGCUUGUCUGUUCUGUACGUACAAACGCUGAGUGGCAUUAAUAAAAGAUUACAAUGAGUGGAGAUGGGCGGCUAGUAGAGGCUAAUUUAUUUGCAGCCAUUAUGAAGAUUUCCAUAUGGAAAGGUUGUGCCUCAGCUCCUGUAUUUCAUUUCCUUUUCUCACUAUAUGGAAACUAGUGCUUUAAAAUUCUUAGGUGACAACUGACCCACUGUAGGUUGGUGGCAGACAAAAAGUAGACAAGGAUCAGGUACAGGAAGUUUAAAAGCAAAGUGAUUUAACAGACUAGCCUUAAUUGUUUACUGUGUAAAGUCAGUGUUGAUAAUUGACUAAAAGUUGCGAUUCAAUUAUAACCAAUGUUUUUUUUUUCUGUUUUAUCAUAAAUCUGCUGCCUGUAAUUUGUUAAUCUGUUGGCUAUUGCAUAACAUUGUUCACUUGCGAAACGAUGUUGUGAUUCAGACUUCCUCUGAAAGCCACAUGAUUUUGUAGUGUCUUGGAUUUAUAAAAAGGAAUUUUAUGUCAA